AUGUCGGAAUCACUGUUGCGGACGGUUGCGUCUAGGAACGACGAACCGUCCCAAGUGCGCGGUUCUCACCCAUAUCUGUCGGGCAACUUUGCCCCAAUCCAGCGCACUCGACCUCUCACGCCUUGUGCGUUUACUGGCGUGAUCCCAAUGGAGCUGGCUGGAGGACAGUAUGUUCGCAACGGCGGGAACCCAACAACCAACGAGGACCUUGGUAGAGAUGCGCACUGGUUCGAUGGAGACGGCAUGCUCAGCGGUGUUCUGUUCAGUAGGGGUGGUGAGAAGGGAUCCGACGUCAUCCCACGAUUUGUGAAUCAAUAUAUUCUCACAGAUGUGCAUCUCAAUGCUCAAGGCAACGAAAACCUCAAGAGACCGCUACUGCCUAGCAUUGCUACACUGGUCAGUGGCUCGCUUGUUACCAUAAUCAUGACAGUCAUCCGGACGAUUCUACUAGUCCUCCUUUCCAGCCUCCCCGGAUCCAGGCGGCGGGUCAAGAAGAUCAGCGUAGCAAACACAAGCGUGGUGUACCACGACGGCCGGGCCCUUGCAACAUGCGAGAGUGGCCCGCCGAUGAGGUUUCAAUUGCCCAGUUUGGAGACUGUAGGUUGGUACAAUGGGCGAAAGGCAGAGAAUGAGCCUAGCCGGGACCAACGAGCUGGGUUCGGCGGAGAUUCGCCCAUUGCCUUCAUGAAAGAAUGGACGACAGGCCAUCCCAAGGUCGACCCGGUGACGGGGGAAAUGAUAGCAUUCCAUGGUGUCUUUAUCAAGCCAUACGUCUUCUACUCCAUCAUACCACCGAGCAAGCCGGCCGGGAAAUGGACGCCGCCGACGCUUGGCCCGCGGUUCAAUGUGCCCAUCCCGGGGGUUGCUUCGCCCAAGAUGAUGCACGACUUUGGCGUGUCUGCGCGGCACACGGUAAUUAUGGAUCUGCCGUUAUCGCUCAAUCCCAUGAACAGCCUGAGCGGGAAGCCAGUAGUCUCGUACGACCCGACGGAGCGGUCGCGAUUCGGCGUGUUUCCCCGGUACGAGCCGUACGAGGUGCAAUGGUUUGAGACAAAUGCCUGCGUCAUCUUCCACACGGCCAACUGCUGGGAGACGACGAGCACCAAGCCGCUACCAGAGACGUCGGUGCAUCUACUGGCCUGCCGACUCACGUCGGCCUCUGUCGUGUACAGUGCGGGGGCAUUGGCACCACCCGUGCCCAAGCCAGUUCCUCCCGAAUACGUCGAGGAGGAGCAAUGUCGACUUUAUUAUUUCAACCUUCCGCUCACACGGGACGGGACGGAAAGACCGACGAUCCGCAACCAAUGGGCACUCUCGGCGAUCCCAUUCGAGUUUCCGACUCUGUCGGCGGCGCACGAGAUGGGACCGGCGCGGUACAUUUACGGGUGCAGCACGGGAUCAUCGUCUUAUUACUCGGCGGCUCUGGGCAAGGCGGCCAAGAUUGACUACCUGGCCAAGAUUGAUGCGCAGACACUGAUAGCCCGGGGCGAGGAGCACCCUCCGCAGCAGAUCAAGGGGUGCGUGGACACUCGAGGGAUCGACGAGAUCAUGCACAGCAGCGACCCGGAUGAUCCGAUCAAGAUGUUCAAGAUGCCCGAGGGGUGGUUCACACAGGAGCCGCGGUUUGUGCCUCGUCGCAACGCAGUGAGCGAGGACGACGGGUGGCUCCUGACGUACGUGUUUGACGAGUCGCAACUCAAUGACCAAGGGGAGUGCCUCGAGGAUGCAAUCAGCGAGCUCUGGAUCAUUGACGCCCGGAACAUGAGGGAUGUGGUGGCCAGGGUCAAGCUUCCGCAGAGAGUCCCGUACGGGUUACAUGGAGCAUGGUUCUCGGAGGAUAAGAUCCGGGGACAGCAGGAAUUCAGCUCGGUCCGGCGGGCAUCUGACAAGGUAGAAAUUGACACAACGUCCCUUGCAGCUUUAGUUCGAGAUAUCCUAGAGAGGUGGAUCGGGUAG